AUAGCCCAUUUGCAGCUCCAAACCCUAACCCCUUCGGUCUCCCUCCUUUAUACUUCUCCGAAGAGAUAUCAAUUACCUCCUCUUCAUUCAGCUGCGCAUCUCAUCGUCGCCGCCCGCCGGAGCACCUCCAUUCUCCUUCCGGACAAGUCGACUCAAUCUGUAGAAGAUGGUGAGAAUCAGUGUGCUGAAUGAUGCGCUCAAGAGCAUGUACAAUGCCGAGAAGAGAGGGAAGCGUCAGGUCAUGAUCAGACCUUCUUCCAAAGUGAUCAUCAAGUUUCUCAUGGUCAUGCAAAAGCAUGGUAUGUUCAUUACUUCAUUGUUAUGGUAUUUUGACACAUGUGAAAUGCUUUUAUGCUCUAUUGCUCUUGCAGGUUACAUUGGCGAGUUUGAAUAUGUUGAUGACCACAGAGCCGGAAAAAUUGUGGUUGAACUCAAUGGAAGGUUGAACAAGUGUGGUGUGAUCAGUCCUCGUUUUGAUGUUGGGGUUAAGGAUAUCGAAGGAUGGACUGCAAGGUUGCUUCCUUCAAGACAGUUUGGCUACAUUGUGCUGACUACCUCUGCGGGCAUCAUGGACCACGACGAAGCGAGGCGCAAGAAUGUUGGUGGGAAAGUUCUUGGUUUCUUUUAUUAGAAGGCUUGUUUUGAUUUCCAAGAAGCUGAUAUUUAUGUACCUUUGUCAAUUUAUGAUCUACACCUCAGAUUAGCUCUCUCUGUUUGUUUUGAAUUCUUUUUGAUAUUCCAAAGUGAGUGGAUCUUGUUGUGCUGAUUGCGUUUUUUCCCUGGACAACUGAAAUUUUACAAUUACUAUGACUUGGUCUCAUGACUCUCAAAGAACCCAAUCACUAACUCUAACAACUUAUAAAUUGGCUUAAACUGU